UGAAGGUUGAGCCCAGGGGAUCUCUACUCCUGAGGUGCAACCCAGUUCUUUUCACAUUUUGAGACAAACUCUUUGUCCCUGAGAUUCCUGGCAGUCCUCAGAGUUGCAGCCCUCAAAGUCACAGGCCUCAGCCUUCUGAGUAGCUAGGAGUACAGGUGGUGCCUGAUCAGGCCUGGAAAUGGGAGCCCGAGCCUCCUUGGGGAGCACGGAAGAGGGCCGGGCCUCUGUGUGCCGUGGCUGUGGCGGCCAGUGAGCAGCUGCUGGAGGAUGUCCACCACCGCGGCAGCCGCCCCUGCGGGCAUCCCGGCGGCUCCGGGCCCCGUGAAUCCGCCCCCACCUGAGGUGUCCAAUCCUGGCAAGCCCGGCCGCAAGACCAACCAGCUGCAGUACAUGCAGAAUGUGGUGGUGAAGACGCUGUGGAAGCACCAGUUCGCCUGGCCCUUCUACCAGCCUGUGGACGCUAUCAAGCUGAACCUGCCUGAUUAUCAUAAAAUAAUAAAAAACCCAAUGGAUAUGGGGACUAUUAAGAAGAGACUAGAAAAUAAUUAUUAUUGGAGCGCGAGUGAAUGUAUGCAGGACUUCAACACCAUGUUUACAAAUUGUUAUAUUUAUAACAAGCCCACAGAUGACAUAGUGCUAAUGGCCCAAGCCUUAGAGAAAAUUUUUCUGCAGAAAGUGGCCCAGAUGCCCCAGGAGGAAGUAGAGUUGUUACCCCCUGCUCCGAAGGGCAAAGGCCGGAAACCGGCUGCGGGGACACAGAGUGCAGGUACGCAGCAAGUGGUGGCCGUGUCCUCGGUGUCCCCAGCGGCCCCUUUCCAGAACGUGCCCCCCACGGUCUCCCAGACGCCCGUCAUUGCUGCCACCCCUGUUCCAACCAUCACCGCCAACAUCACAUCGGUCCCUGUCCCUCCGGCUGCCGCACCACCUCCUCCCUCAACACCCAUCGUCCCUGUGGUCCCUCCCACGCCACCCGUUGUCAAGAAGAAGGGUGUGAAGCGGAAAGCAGACACCACGACACCCACGACGUCCGCCAUCACUGCCAGCCGGAGCGAGUCGCCCCCACCGCUGUCGGACCCUAAGCAGGCCAAAGUGGUGGCCCGGCGGGAGAGCGGGGGCCGUCCCAUCAAGCCUCCCAAGAAGGACCUGGAGGACGGCGAGGUGCCACAGCACGCAGGCAAGAAGGGCAAGCUCUCAGAGCACCUGCGGCACUGUGACAGCAUCCUCAGGGAGAUGUUGUCCAAGAAGCACGCUGCCUACGCCUGGCCCUUCUAUAAGCCCGUGGACGCCGAGGCACUGGAGCUGCACGAUUACCAUGACAUCAUCAAGCACCCCAUGGACCUCAGCACUGUCAAAAGGAAGAUGGACAGUCGCGAGUACCCGGACGCACAGGGCUUUGCUGCUGACAUCCGGUUAAUGUUCUCAAACUGUUACAAGUACAACCCUCCCGACCACGAAGUGGUGGCCAUGGCCAGGAAGCUCCAGGACGUGUUUGAGAUGCGGUUUGCCAAGAUGCCAGAUGAGCCCGUGGAGGCACCCACACUGCCCGCACCCGCAGCCCCCGUGGUGAGCAAGGGCACUGAGAGUAGCCGCAGCAGCGAGGAGAGCUCGUCAGACUCCGGCAGCUCAGACUCGGAGGAGGAGCGCGCCACGCGGCUGGCUGAGCUGCAGGAGCAGCUGAAAGCCGUGCACGAGCAGCUGGCCGCCCUGUCCCAGGCCCCCGUGAACAAACCAAAGAAGAAGAAGGAGAAGCGGGAGAAAGAGAAGAAGAAGAAGGACAAGGACAAGGACAAGGAGAAGGAGAAGCACAGGGCCAGGUGUGAGGAGGAGAAGAAGGCCAAGGCGGUGCCCACCAGGCAGGCCCCACAGCGGAAGGCCCCGGCCAAGAAGCCCAGCAGCGCCACGGCAGCCGUCAGACAGCUGAAGAAGGGCGGCAAGCAGGCAUCAGCCUCCUACGACUCCGAAGAGGACGAGGGGGGCUUGCCCAUGAGCUAUGACGAGAAGCGGCAGCUCAGCCUAGACAUCAACCGACUGCCGGGGGAGAAGCUGGGCCGCGUGGUGCACAUCAUCCAGUCUCGGGAGCCGUCACUGCGGGACUCCAACCCUGACGAGAUUGAGAUCGACUUUGAGACCCUGAAGCCCACCACGCUGCGGGAGCUGGAGCGAUAUGUCAAGUCGUGCCUACAGAAGAAGCAGCGGAAGCCUUUCUCGACAAGCGGGAAGAAGCAGGCAGCGAAGUCAAAGGAGGAGCUCGCUCAGGAAAAGAAGAAGGAGCUGGAGAAGCGGCUCCAGGAUGUGAGCGGGCAGCUGAACAGCAAGAAGCCCACCAAGAAAGAGAAGUCUGGCUCGGCGCCCUCAGGGGGGCCGUCGCGGCUCAGCAGCAGCAGUUCCUCAGAAUCAGGGAGCAGCAGUUCGAGUGGGUCCAGCUCCGACAGCAGUGACUCUGAGUGACCCCAGGGCAUGGCCAGAGAGGACAGAUGGACGUCACCCACGCCGAGGCUCUGAGUGUCCCUUCCUGUGGUCAAUAUACUCCUUCCGUUCCAUGGUGUGCAGGUUUCCUUUACUUCAGUGUUACGGUAUCUCCGGUUGUGCUCCAGUAGGUCACGUCUGCCCUUCCUGCCGCACGCGUGCGGUCACUUCCUCGGAGACACAGCCUCGCUGAUGACGCCAGAGGAGGCUGCGGGGCACAGCCCCAGGACCCGCGGCGCCCUGUGCUUGGCCCAGCCUGCCCCGCACCAGGAGGAACUGCUCUGAAUGGGUGCUCUGCGCGACAGCUGCCCGCUGCACCUGGGGGUGGGCUGUGUCACCCAGGCCACGUCCUGUGAUCGCCAGGCUGGGCUGAGCCCUGAGCUCAGGUGGGCGGAGGGACGGGUGCCAAGCUCUGCUGCCCGGGGUGGUGGCGUCAGGCCCUGGGAUGGGAGGAGCGGAGCGACUGCAGGCACAGUGUGCAGGUUUCCGAACACUGAAACUUUUACCUCAACUGAAAAAAAAAAUUUUUAAAAACCCACAAAAGGAGACUUUUUGUAAGGUUCAGCGAUUUUCUACAGAGGUCCAGCCCAGUGUGUCUACACCUCGUUCGCGCUGCCCUGGCUGCUGCUGCCGCACACCCUGGAACCACUUUCCCAGUUUUAUGUAUAUAUAAAUACUUUAUUUAUUAACAUCAUUGGUCAUUUUUUUUAAAAAAAAGAAAAAAAAGAAAAAAAGCAAAGAAAAACACAGAACCGUAAAAGAAGUGCAUUAAACACAGCAGCAGCGACUCAGCCCCUUGGGCGGAGGAGACCAAGCCCGCUCAGCCCGCUCCCUGCCGGGUGCUCAUCAUGUCGGUCCUCAGUCCGCGCUCUUCCUGGGCUUGCUGGCUUUUGGGUGUGGUGUUUUGGUGGUUUCAGAUUUUUCUUUUUUUCAUUUUUUUUUGUAUAAACUUUGGAGACUUACAAGUAUAGACACUUUUCAGCUCCAGCACGUUCUAAUUUUUAUGUUGUUCGUUCAGUUUUCCUUGUAUCCAUGCCAGGUCUCUUGAGGACUGUUUCAAAGAAAUCAACGUAGGCAACCCCAGUUCUAUAACAUCAGCUUUGCAAUCUGAGAAAAGAAGUACAUAGAAAAAUCCAGGUCUUGAUUUGUUUUAAAUUUUCUAUUGUAAAAAAAAAAAAAAAAAAAAAAAAAAAUAUAUAUAUAUAUAUAUAUAUAUACACGAGUGUAACAGAAGGCUCUGUUUGGGUUUGUUGUUUUCGAGGUGGCCACAUGCCCGGCCUUGGCCUCCGUCGCCUCUGGCCGGCGAGCACAGAGCCCCUGGCCUUGGCCUGUGUGCUCUUGGGGGUCAGGGGCCUGGAGACCUCGCGGUACUCCUGGCUCUUUACUGCCCCGAGCUCCCGGGACACCCGCUGGGCUGCAGCCCGUGGUGCUCUGCGGCCGUGUCAUGGGCAGCAUGCUGUCUGAUGGGCUGUGGUUGCGCCUGCACUUUGGGUGGAGACAGAGACGGUGUGAGCAGCUCCCUGCCUGGGUGCAGUGUUUAAAACCAGACCGUGGACUCUGGGGUGGGGCUGGCCGCUGUUCCUAGUCACUGGCAGUUCUGACACUUGAUGAGUUUUCAGCCAUUUGUUAAAACUUUUAGGUCAGUUUUGUUUAUAAUAAAAAUAUAAAUGGAUUUUAAAGUUCCAUUUUUUAAAGUUACCCUUGUUUUUCAAAGGUAUUUUCUAAACAGAUCUUUAAUAGAAUAUUUAAACUGUGACUUUAAGGAAUUAACACAGGACAAAGUGGCUCGGGAUCUGAGUGGCUGCGUGUCCUGAGGGCACCAGGCAGCCCAAGCCAGGGUGCCUGGGGGAGUGACAGGGAGCGAGGUGUUGCUGGCCUAGGGAGGCAGCCGGCCCUCCGAGGAAGGAGGGUCACCAGGGCUGUGGUCCUACUGAGCAGCUGUAGUUCACUGGUGCUGUAACUUUAAAGGCUUUCUGUCCAGACUUCAAAACUGCUCUUGGGGCUUUGGUGGGUCCCUGACUCUCUCGACACUUUGGAUGUCAGUCGGGCCGUGGUGACUCCCGUGUUCGAGUCUUUGCCUCUCCUGGGCCGGGAGCACUGCAGGAAGAGUCAGACCUUCCAGGCAGAGGCUCCCUGGGGGGGACAGUGGCAGGCGUGGUGGUCACCACAGGGAUGGACCUGGGGACCCUGCCGGAGCCGGGCCUGAGGGCAGGCUGUGGGUGUUGCGGAGGCCCAGAGCCCUCCUGCGGGGCAGCGUCAGCUUGCUAACAACUGUAAGACACGUUUUUCCUUUGUGUUUGUUUUGGUUGUGUUCUUUUGCAGCCUUUUACAGUCAUUUGGGAAGGAAAAAUGCCCAUGUCAAGAAUUGUCACAUCAAGUUUUCUCUCUGUCCCCUAAUACUGGCAUAACACUUCCAGGAGGUUUUUCUUUUUUAUAUUUAAAAUGUUACUUUUCUGUAUGAUGUGCAUGCGAGUUUACCGUAAUUUUUCUUAACACUUUUUAGUGCCGUUUCUAGUAUAUUCCUGUAAAUGUCAGUUACUGAAAAUGAGUCCAAUGUAAGUAGUUUUAGCUUGUUUAUUGCAAUGCUGGCCUCAACACCACAGAAUAAAAAUGGUAGAAAGUA